AUGCUACUAUGGACAUCUACAUCACCUUCAACAUUUGGAUAUGUCUACCCAGCAAUAUUCUUCUUGGCAUUAGGUGCAAGAGGUCAAAAGCUUUCAGAAAAUUUUCUUGAAUAUCAGUUGCGAGAGAAAAUUGAAGCACAAAAGGAAAACGCACCAGAACAUGGAAGCACGCAAAGGAAAGAAGAGGAAAACAAGGUGGAUAUAAUGCGUAAUAUAAUCUGGUUAUUGGCUUCAAAGAUUGUUGGAUAUAUCGUAACACUGUCUAUUGUCAAUACGUUUGAUGAUGAAACGUACGGAUUCCGUUUCAGACUUGCGGCACUUCUCAUGGGAGGGAUUUUUCUGUUAUUCCUCAUGGGUUAUGUGUGGUAUAGCCGCGAAUUAUUGACCGUUGAAAGCAAUCUACGCAAGAUCUAUAGAAUCUGCAAGGCAGCGUUUGGGAAACGCAAAUCAAAGUAUCCAACCUCACCGAGUUGUUAUCAUUGGAAAGGUUAUAAGCAAGGGCAUUUGUAUGAACGUGGCAAAGGUAAAGGACUAAGGUUAUUGCCUCGAGUUCCGCGACUAUUCAGGUGGUUGGACAAAGCAGCUAUAGUUGAAGUUGAAGGAGAAGAGUGUGGUGAUCACGAAGUGCAAGAAAAGAAUGGUAACCUUUGCAUGGUAAAGGAAGUGAGGGAAGUGAAGAGCCUUGUUCCUAUGAUCUACCUUGGCUUUACUUUUUCUGCUUAUAGUUUACUUAUGGCCACUGGGAACACUUUCUUUGUUGCACAAGCCAGCAUCAUGAAACCAGUUAUUACAAAAAGUAAUAGUAAUGAUAUCUCUAUUCUCUUUGUUAUCAAGACCAGCGUGAAAGCUGUUUUAGGAUCAAUCUGCAUUACUAUUAUCAAGACUUGUGAAUUUCGAAGCUCGAAAAAAUCGAAAAGAAAAGCAGGCACAAUUAUAAGGAUUGGUUUGGGCCUGGUUUGUGCGGUAAUUUGUAGUCUCGUGGCAUGGAAAGUUGAGAUACAUAGGUUGUCGAUAAACAAGGAGGGACAUUUUAAACACGCUGGUGGAAACACGACAAGGGCUUUGGUUCCACAAUUCUCGUUGUUAGGAAUGACGGAGGGAUUUGUUGAUGGUGGAUUAUCGAGUUUAUACCGUGACCAAGUAGCUGAAUCAUUGGGAAGUUUUGAGGAAUCUUUUAGUGGGUUAUUUAUUGGUAGUGGCAAACUCUUGAUUAUACCACUUGUAUUAAUUAUACGUAGCUGGUUCAAGGAAACUGUCAACACUAGUCGUUUGGAUCUGUACUAUCUGUUUAUGGCAAUAUUGAACGCUGUGUUCCUUCUAGUUUUUGCAUACUACUCCUCCAGAUAUGCCUACAAGGAAGAAUUUCCCAAGGAAGAUCCACCAUACUCUGAGGAAAGCUCGGCAAAUCAAGAACUAGCGGAGGUCACAGCGAAUCAAAUUUCGGAAAAAGAUCUUCAAGAAGAAUGUGAUGGAAAGAGGUAUGUCUCUGAGUCGACUCGAGGUGAGAUUAGUGAGAAUCAAUUCCCACCAGCCAAGGCCACACGCAACUUUACUUAUUAAGGUUGCAUCAAACAAUGUUUUAAGGAGUUUCUACCACCAGUAGAUAUGACAUUAUUAAUUUUUUAUGCAUAAUAUGGUAGAUAGGGAUAACACCCUAUAACUA